AUGGCGCAUGCUCUGCUGCCGAUAUCACCAGCAUCCUCCACGGCAGCGCCCUCGCCCCUCGCCGCUCGCCGCAUCAAGCUCUACCACCAUAUUCGACGACAAACCGAUCGUCCUGCGACGCGGUACCGGGAGACGGGUCUAUCGAGCAGACGCCGGCGCCGCCGGGACCAGCAAGGGGGUGGUAGUGUUGUUACAUCAUGGUGGCUCGAGAUCGCAUGCGUCGCCGUGGCCCUCGGGGCUCUGAUCAGCAUGUUCGUUCUCUCGGCCGUCUACAACGGGAGCCGCGUGCCGGAGUGGCUGCACGGCGUCAAUCUCACCUCGGUGAUCGCCGUGUUGUCGGUCAUACCCAAGAUAUCGCUGCCGGUUCCGCCACGGCCUGGAUGCUGGGUCUAG